UUGGUAUGGCCUUAUGUCGACUUGCUUACUUCCCUGGGUCGUCUUCUUCGCGGAUUCUCGUUUCCACUACCACCAGGACGAUCAAUCCUCUUCAUCUAACACUUUCUCCCCCUAAUCACCCUUCCCAAUUCCCCAAUCUCUCUUCGCUUCACAAACCUCUUCCUUCAUUCCCCUUUUGGUCUUCUCGUCCUUCUUUUUCUUCAUCACCGUCGGAUUCCAUGGAAGCUCCUCCCGAAGGUUACCGUAGAAAUGUUGGUAUAUGUCUGAUAAAUGAUGAUAAGAAGGUUUUUGCUGCUUCCAGGCUGGAUAUACCCAAUGCUUGGCAAAUGCCGCAGGGUGGUGUUGAUGACGGUGAGGAUCCAAGGAAUGCAGCUAUCAGGGAAUUAAGAGAGGAGACAGGAGUAAAGUCAGCAGAAGUUAUUGCAGAGGCACCUUAUUGGUUAACAUAUGACUUCCCACCACAUGUUAGGGAGAAACUGAAAGUUCAGUGGGGAUCUGACUGGAAAGGUCAAGCUCAGAAAUGGUUUCUGAUGAAAUUCACUGGGCAAGAUCAAGAAAUCAAUCUUUUAGGUGAUGGUACUGAGAAAGCUGAGUUUGGGGAGUGGUCAUGGAUGUCACCAGAAGAAGUAAUUGAGCUUGCUGUAGAUUUCAAGCAGCCUGUCUACAAGGAAGUCAUUGCGGUGUUUGCGCCAUUUCUUCAAAAGUGAUAUUUAUAUUGUUGAAUGUGCUAUGGCUCCCUGAUACAAAAGUAUCCAUCAAUAGUUGUGGGGGCCUUUAAUAACUGUCACCGAGGGCAUUAAGGACAUUUCCAUUUUUGGCACCAGGAAUGGGUUCUUAGCUGUGAUUAUUAUUGGCAUGUCUGCCCAUCUAUAUUGCCAAAUGCACAUGAUUGUAGCGGGUCAAUGAGCUAAUAGUUCCAUAUUCUAGAUAAACUUGAUGCCACGUGUUCGAUAAAUCAGGAGGGGAAAUGUGUAAAAUAAAUAAAAUGAAGUGCCCUUGAAAUUUUCUACAGCAUCACUUCAUGUUGUUAAUGUAAGAUCCAAUUGACGAAUUUGGAGAAA